GAACUGGUCAGCACUCAUGGCUACUCACAAAAUCAAAUACUUGUUUGGAAGUACCCGUCGCUCGUACAGGUGGCCAAACUCACCGGUCAUUCCUAUCGAGUCUUAUAUUUGGCCAUGUCACCGGACGGGGAGUCCAUAGUGACGGGUGCGGGCGACGAGACGUUGAGGUUUUGGAAUGUCUUCAGUAAGACUCGCUCUCAAAAAGAGGCCAAAUCGGCGUUAAAUCUCUUUUCGAGUAUUCGAUAAUAUAUAAUGUUUUAUAAGCUUUUAAAUUAUCAGACAAUUAUAAAAAUAGACGAGAAUUAUGUGA